GCAACCCCCACCUGCACUGGAUAUAAAACCAUCUUCCCCCAGUCUAUCGUUCCCCUCGUCUAAACCCCACAUACUCAAUCUCCCACCAUGGCAAUUCCCUCAACCCAGACCGCAGCAGUGCUCCCUCCGGCCGGUGCUACGGCAAAGGCAAGUCUGCAAAUCAAGCACGAUCACCCGGUGCCUUCGCCCGCAGAGGGAGAAAUCCUAGUCAAGUUAGAAUUCUCGGGUCUGUGCCAUUCGGAUGUCCACAGCGUUCGCGGGGAAACGCCGAUGUUGACUGAUGUGGCGGGGCAUGAGGGGGUGGGGAAAGUCGUCAAAGUUGGAUCCGGUGUCAAUGAACAGGACUGGCUGGGUACGAGAGUUGGCAUUAGAUGGCUAUACAGUUCUUGCUUGAAAUGCGAAAUCUGCGCCAUCAAUAAUACGGCCUGUCCGUAUCAAAAGAAUGCCGGAGCCAAUGUGCCAGGCACUUUCCAGCAGUAUCUCAUCAGCCCUGCAGUCCAUGUGACAAGGAUUCCCUCGCAGUUGGAGCCAGAUGUGGCGGCUCCCCUUCUAUGCGCGGGUAUUGCCAUGUACUCGUCAAUCAUGAAAACCAAAACUCGCCCGGGUGACUGGCUCGUUCUCCCCGGAGCUGGAGGAGGUCUCGGGCACAUGGGAGUACAGAUUGCUGCUAAGAAAGGGCUCAGGGUUAUUGCGGUUGAUAGCGGAGAGAAAAAGAAGCAACUUUGUCUUUCGCUUGGGGCUGCGAGCUUCCUGGACUAUAAAGUGGACGAUAUUGAGACGGAAGUGAAGAAGCUUACCUCCGGUUUGGGUGCUCAUGCUGUCAUUUGUACCGCAAACAGCGAACCGGCCUAUACCCAGAGUAUGCGACUGCUUCGCAGCCUGGGCGUUCUCGUCUGCGUCGGCAUACCGAGUGUGCCGUUCCGAUUGCCCGCAACGCCAUUCGACAUGAUUGUUAAGGGUUUAACGAUCGUCGGAAACUCUGCGGGAACAGCGAAAGAAAUGGACGCGCUGAUGGAGAUGGCAGUGGCAGGUGAUGUGACUGCACAUAUUGAAUGCUUCGAGUUUGACAAGAUCGAUGAGGUAUUGCAGCGCCUGGGUCGUUCUGAGAUUGAAGGCCGAGCCGUCGUGAAGAUCCCUUGAUGGUCAUAUCCCGCUGAAGAUUCGGUUACCUGCAGUGAAAUGGAUAGAAAUAUUCGUAGCAAGGAGCUCGGUCACAGAUAGGCAUCAAAAACUACUCAGAAAGCAUAUCCUC